GCGGCCGCUACGGUGCUGACAAGAUGGCGGCUGGCGGGGCUGUCGCUGCGGCGCCGGAGUGCCGGCUUCUGCCCUACGCGCUACACAAGUGGAGCUCCUUCUCCUCUACUUACCUUCCCGAGAACAUUUUAGUGGAUAAACCAAAUGACCAAUCUUCAAGGUGGUCCUCAGAGAGCAACUAUCCUCCCCAGUACUUGAUUCUGAAACUUGAAAGGCCUGCUAUAGUCCAGAACAUCACAUUUGGAAAAUAUGAGAAAACUCAUGUCUGCAAUUUGAAAAAAUUUAAAGUCUUCGGUGGAAUGAAUGAAGAAAAUAUGACAGAGUUGUUGUCCAGUGGCUUAAAGAAUGAUUAUAACAAAGAAACAUUCACCUUGAAGCAUAAAAUUGAUGAACAGAUGUUCCCUUGUCGAUUCAUUAAAAUAGUUCCACUCUUAUCCUGGGGACCCAGCUUUAACUUUAGCAUCUGGUAUGUUGAACUUAGUGGCAUUGAUGAUCCUGAUGUAGUACAGCCCUGUCUCAACUGGUAUAGCAAGUACCGUGAACAGGAAGCCAUUCGCCUUUGCCUAAAACACUUUAGACAACACAACUAUACAGAGGCCUUUGAAUCGCUGCAAAAAAAAACCAGGAUUGCCCUGGAACAUCCCAUGUUAACAGAUCUACAUGAUAAACUGGUGUUGAAGGGUGAUUUUGAUGCUUGUGAAGAAUUGAUUGAAAAAGCUGUAAAUGAUGGUUUAUUCAAUCAGUAUAUCAGUCAACAAGAAUAUAAGCCACGAUGGAGUCAAAUCAUUCCCAAAAGCACCAAGGGUGAUGGAGAAGAUAACCGACCAGGAAUGAGAGGGGGCCAUCAGAUGGUUAUUGAUGUUCAAACAGAGACCGUUUAUUUGUUUGGUGGCUGGGAUGGAACUCAAGAUCUUGCUGACUUCUGGGCGUACAGUGUGAAGGAGAACCAGUGGACAUGUAUCUCUAGAGACACUGAGAAAGAGAAUGGUCCUAGCGCCAGAUCAUGUCAUAAGAUGUGCAUUGACAUUCAGCGAAGGCAAAUCUACACAUUGGGGCGUUAUUUGGAUUCCUCUGUGAGGAACAGCAAAUCUCUGAAAAGUGACUUCUAUCGUUAUGACAUUGACACAAACACAUGGAUGUUACUCAGUGAGGACACUGCUGCUGACGGAGGGCCAAAAUUGGUGUUUGAUCAUCAGAUGUGUAUGGAUUCAGAAAAACAUAUGAUCUACACCUUUGGUGGUAGAAUUUUGACAUGUAAUGGCAGCGUAGACGACAGCAGAGCCAGUGAACCACAGUUCAGUGGGUUGUUUGCUUUCAACUGUCAAUGUCAAACUUGGAAACUUCUUCGAGAGGACUCCUGUAAUGCUGGGCCUGAGGACAUCCAGUCUCGGAUAGGACACUGCAUGCUAUUCCACUCAAAAAAUCGUUGCUUAUAUGUAUUUGGUGGCCAGCGAUCGAAGACCUAUUUGAAUGAUUUCUUUAGUUAUGAUGUGGACUCUGAUCAUGUAGACAUAAUAUCAGAUGGCACCAAGAAAGACUCUGGAAUGGUUCCAAUGACAGGAUUCACACAGAGAGCAACCAUUGAUCCCGAACUGAAUGAAAUACAUGUCUUAUCUGGACUCAGCAAAGACAAGGAGAAGAGGGAGGAGAAUGUCAGAAAUUCAUUCUGGAUUUAUGACAUUGUGAGGAAUAGUUGGUCUUGCGUCUAUAAGAACGAUCAAGCUGCAAAAUAUCCAAGUAAAAGUCUUCAGGAGGAAGAGCCAUGUCCAAGAUUUGCCCAUCAGCUUGUAUAUGAUGAGUUACAUAAGGUUCACUAUUUAUUUGGUGGGAAUCCAGGAAAAUCUUGCUCCCCAAAGAUGAGAUUAGAUGACUUCUGGUCACUGAAGUUAUGUAGGCCUUCAAAAGAUUACUUACUGAGGCACUGCAAGUACCUGAUAAGAAAACACAGGUUUGAAGAAAAGGCCCAAAUGGAUCCCCUUAGUGCUCUGAAAUAUUUACAAAACGAUCUUUAUAUAACUGUGGAUCAUUCAGACCCAGAAGAGACAAAAGAGUUUCAGCUCCUAGCUUCUGCUCUGUUCAAAUCUGGUUCAGAUUUUACAGCUCUAGGCUUUUCCGAUGUGGAUCACACCUAUGCUCAAAGAACUCAGCUCUUUGACACCUUAGUAAAUUUCUUUCCUGACAGCAUGACUCCUCCCAAAGGCAACCUGGUAGACCUCAUCACGCUGUAACUGAAGAGUCACUGGACAGAAAUGGAGAACGUCUGAUUUCAGUAUUUUGGAGUCCAACUCCGUUGACCGACAAUUAGGCUGCAGUGAUUGAGGACUGCACCAGAAUUUUGAAGGGAUCUUUACUGUCACAAGUUUUAACCCUCUUCCUUCAUACCUGACCUCAGCCCCUUUCUCCUCAUCCCAUUCCUGAAUUAGGCUAAUAAAGUGAAAUUGGUAUACUUUCCAUUUAAA